UGUGCCAUUGAAUAUUGUCGUGGAAAAGCGGAAAAGGAAGGCCCAGUUUUCUUUGGAACUUUGGUGAGCUAAAAUCAUGAGAGCUACAACACCGCAACAUCUUUGUGAACUUCAGAAAAAUCCGAAAAAUAUAAGAAAUAUUUGUAUUUUGGCACAUGUUGACCACGGUAAGCCACAGUCGUUAAUUUUUACACGUGCAUAUUUCUUCUUCUGGCUCGUGCGCCAUUGGUUUUUCUUUUUUGUAACGGUAUUGUUUUUUGUCUGUUUUCCAAAGGUAAAACAACGAUAGCUGAUGCUUUGGUUGCCAGCAAUGGGAUCAUUUCGCAGCGACUAGCGGGCAAAGUAAGGUUCAUUCCCCCCGGUUGGGAGCGUCUGUUGGGUGGGGUAGGGGGGUUACUUUACAUGCAGGAAUGGGAAGGUUGGGAGUGGUGCUGGGAGUCCGGAACACUUAGCCUAUAUCAGACUUUCCCAGUUUGGCUGAAUUUUGCUUCCCUGUUUAAGACGUAACUCGCAAAAUCUCUCCCCAUCCCAGAGUCGCUAAUAAUUUUCCAGAAGUUACUGACGUUGACAUUUUCUUUGCUAUUAUUCAAACUGAGUUGCAGGUAAGAGGACUGGCUGACUUCAUUUUUUUGAAUGUCAAUUCCCAGUUUUACUCGUCUCACCUUUUGAAACUUUAAUUGGGAAACUCGAUUCCGAAAAUAUUGAAUAUUUUCUAAUGGGAGACCUUAACUGCGACAUGAUUGCUACUCGAUAUGACAAUAAUACAUGCAAAUUAAUGAGUAUCACUGAUAUUUAUGGUGUACAGCAACUUAUCACUGAACCAACCAGAAUAACUCCGACUUCUGCAACUUUGAUUGAUGUAAUAAUUAUAUACUAAUUGUCCAGAUAAAGUUGUGUGUUCGGGGGUUCGUCAUAUCAGUAUUAGCGAUCAUAGCAUAGUUUUUGCCUAUUGAAAAUUAUCUGUGAAUGGAAUGUCUGGUGGGCACAAUGCUAUAACCUACAGAAACUUUAGAAAAUUUAAUCGAAUAAAUUUUUGGAACAAUAUUGCAUCUCAUUGUUGGGAUCACAUAUACAAUUCAACUGAUCCCAAUGAAAUGUGGCUACAAUGGAAAUGCUCGUUUCUAUCUAUUGUUAACAAGCAUGCUCCCUUGAGAACAGUGCGUGUUCGCACGCGUAGUUUCCCAUGGAUUACAUCUGAGCUUAAGAAACGAAUGCAUGAUCGGGAUAUUCUAAAGAUUAAAGCAAGUAAAUCGAAUGAUUCAAAUGACUGGUCACUUUUUAAAAAACAACGCAAUAUAGUAAAUAGUGAAAUCAGAUUAGCCAAGCAAGCCUAUUAUCAAAAUAGUUUUAACAAGUAUACGGGCGAUUCUAAAAAGACCUGGCAGACUAUCAAUGAACUUACUUCGCGAAAAUCUGGGAAAAAAUCGGUGACAUCUGUAAAAGUAAAUGGAGUAUCAAUAACAAAUCCAACCGUGCUGUCGAACCAAUUUAAUAAUCACUUUGCUACUAUCGGUCCAGAACUUGCUAGCAAUAUUGAUUCCUCAAAUAGUGAUGGUUAUCAAAAGUACCUCACUGGCACAGAUAAACAGUUUCAGCUCUAUCUGACCAGUACAAAUAAAGUUCUCUCACUUUUGAAUCGUCUAAAUAAGUCAAAGGCAGCUGGCCUUGACAAGAUAUCUGCUAGGCUCAUUCGGGAAUGUGCAGAUCUCAUUUGCAUUCCUAUCCGUGAUAUUUUUAACCAGUCAAUAAGUCAAGGCAUAUUUCCGGAUGACUGGAAAUGCGCAAAGGUCACCCCACUUUUUAAACAAGGCGAUCGGGACGACUUAAAUAAUUAUCGUCCAAUUUCGGUGAUCUCAGUUAUGGCCAAGGUCUUUGAAAGAAUCGUCUAUGAUCAAUUAUAUGCCUACCUAGAAGAGCACAAUAUAAUCUGUAAAUAUCAAUCAGGCUUUCGUGCUAUUCACUCAACUGUCACGGCUCUCCUUGAGGCCACGGACACUUGGGCGUACAAUAUUGACCGCGGUAAAAUCAACGCCGUUGUUUUCUUAGAUCUCAAAAAGGCCUUCGACACAGUUGACCAUGAGAUCCUUUUAUCAAAAUUAAGCAAUUACGGCAUAUAUGGUAACGCGCACCAAUGGUUUAAGUCAUAUUUAGAGAAUCGUACUCAAAUGUGCUCCAUCAACGGAUCGCUCUCUCAAAGCUGUUUAUUAAGUUGUGGUGUUCCCCAGGGGACGAUUUUAGGUCCAUUACUAUUUCUGUUAUACAUCAACGAUCUUCCAAACUGUCUUUCAAAUUGUGAGCCGAGGAUGUACGCUGAUGACACCCACCUUACAUACGCAGGUGAUAAUGCAGACAAUAUUCAGUUGCAUCUAAAUCAAGAUUUAGAAAAUGUUCACAAUUGGCUGAGAGCAAACAAACUUACUCUAAAUAUGACUAAAACCGAAUUUAUGCUUAUCGGAUCUAGGCAGAGGCUAAGUACUCUCACAGAGUCCCCGACAUUUGCAAUUAAUGAUUUUCAAGUUAGCCAGGUCACUACUGCAAAAUCACUUGGAGUGACCAUCGAUGACAGACUUGAUUGGAGUGGCCAUAUCGAGAAAGUAACAAAGAAAGUCGCUUCUGGUAUUGGGGCCAUAAAAUGAAUAAGGCACCUUGUCCCUCAGGCGACCUUGCAACUAAUAUAUCAAGCUUUAAUACAGCCACACUUUGAUUAUUGCAACAUUGUUUGGGGAAACUGUGGGAUAACCUUACGGAAUAGGGUUCAAAAGCUACAAAACAGAGCAGCCCGUGUUUUGACCUACUCAAGCUAUGACGUAGAUGCUGGUCACCUUUUCAAACUUCUAGGGUGGAAAAACCUAGCUUGCCAGCAACAAUUUCAAAGAGCUAUGAUGGUUUACAGGUCUCUGCACGGGUUGGCUCCAAACUAUCUUAGUUCUAAAUUUGAAAGGCGAGAAGUCGCAUAUAACCUAAGGGACUCUGAAAUAAACUCAAUGUUACAUUACAGCGCACAAACUAUUACAAAAACAGCUUCAGCUAUAGUGGCGCCAUUCUCUGGAACAGUUUUCCUUGUAACUUAAGGGAAGCAGAGUCCCUUGGGCAAUUUAAACGAUUACUCAAAGAACUCUAAGGCACGACAUUCGUGGAAAGCAGCUCUUUUAUUUAAAUAUUUUUAUUAUAUUAGUAUUAGGCAUUUUUAAAGCUGACGAAUUUUGUACCGUGGAUAAAUAAAGAUUAUCUAUCUAUCUAUCUAUCUAUCUAUCUAUCUAUCUAGACUCAAAUCAUCAACCAAUUGAUCAGUUUCCUGGAAAAUGAUACCCUAUCCUCUGAUUUCUUUACCCUAUGUCAAACAAAUAAAAUUGCUUAAAAAAACCAUACCCUUCACAGUGGCACAUACCUAUAAUUAUAACCCAUAUAUGGCAGUAUAUUUUAAGUGUCAUUGUUUUAGAAGAAAGUUGAGUUUAAAAUUUACUUUUUUUCUUUUUUAGCUGAGGUAUAUGGAUAGCGGGGAAGAUGAACAGCUCAGAGGAAUAACAAUGAAAUCAAGUGCCAUCUCUUUGCUUUUUUCCAAAGGUGAGUCGAUUAUAGCUGUAGUACAUCCUUGGAGUCCUGUGAGCAGUCAUUUGGGUCAGGGAAAACAGCGGCAAAAGUUUUCAAGAACACGUGACAGAGCCCCUGGGAUGCUAGUCUUAAAGAAGUAGUUCUGCAACUCAUGCCCAUUUGAAUGUUUGUCUGUGAUUGAUAUUUUUGGUGCCCAAUCAGAGGCCAGCAUCUAUUGUGCUGCUUUUGUGAUCUUGUUGUACAUAGGAGUUUACCUGCAAGCUCGACUGUUCGCCGUGUACCUGUCUGGCUUGUGCCGGAGAGCUUUCUUCAAGAAGAAUAACAGUUGUUUGUGAAAGUGGGCCUCCCGAAAACAAAAAAAAACACAAGUUAGCAUGUUAGCAAAACAAAGCAAAACAAAAAUGCACUAACUUAAGAGAUCACACUGUGGACGGAUGGAAGGUAAAUUUGUAAACAUUAGUGAGAAUACUUCUACAUAUCUAGGUUUGCUCAUGCAAAUCUGAAAGUUUACUCUACCGGUUUCAUUUUAUCCUAUUGUGUGACUGAGAAGAAAAAUUUAACAACAAAUUAUUUACAACUUAAAAGGGCGAAAAAACUUCUCCUGCACAUCGCCUGACAAGUAUGCAGAGAAGCUAGGCCUAAACAGCCACACACACAAUUUUGCAUGAACAAGCCUAGAAGUACGCUUGUGUUUAUGAAGUUACCUUUGAUCAGUCCACAGUCUAAUUCAUUCAACUGGUGCAUUUUUGUUGUUUCAUUUUGUUUUGCUAACAUGCUAAAUUAUGAGGUAAAAUUUCCUUAUGACCCCAUACCUUUAUUAUGGUGCAUGUUUCCUCUCUAUUCAUUCAUAUCAACUAUAUGUGUGAAAUAGUAUAAAUUUGCUACAUGCAUGAUAAAUGUAUGAGGUUAUAGUCAUACCUAAAUCUUACCAAUUAUGGAAUUUCUUUGGUUUCUUGGGUCCCAUUUCACCAAAAACUCUUCUGAAAUAAAGCUAUCCUGCACGAGCCAGACAGGUACGGCGAGGAAGAUCAUGAAAACAACAAAUAAGUUGUGGAACUAGUUCAUUAAGAGUAGUAUCCCAGGGGCUUUCUUGCCCGUUAUUGAAAACUUUCGCCACCGAUUUUUCCUGACCCAACUGACCACCCCUCAGUCUCUGAGGAUGGACUUUGGUAUUGAUGUGGGAGACAAACCUGGUAUUGAAUUUCUUUCUUUUUUUGCAAGCUAGUAAUAAUGUUUGCAGGACUCUUUUUUUCUUAAAUGCUAAAACUGCAAAACUGAGUAUUAUCUGAUUUCGAAUACCCCAUAAUAUACUCUAUUUGUUUCCCAAAUUUUGCCUCAACCAUUGUUUUCAAAUCCUUCUGGGAGGACUACAUACUCCCAAGAGCAUGGGGGACAAACAAAGUCUUAUGGGAGAUACGAGAAUAGUUAAUGCAUGACAAUAGAAGGAAUUAAGUAUACACUGUUCAGAUAAAUUGUUUAAUGAAUUAAGUAAAUUAUUUGUGGUUAAAGUGAAAACUAAUCUUAUUUUGUAUACUGUGUGCACACUGUAAUAUUAUUUUUAUCAAUUAAAUCCUUGUUUUUAGAUGAAGAAGAAUAUGUAGUUAACCUGAUUGAUUCUCCAGGGCAUGUUGAUUUCUCAAGUGAGGUAAAAAAGCAUAUGCUGUAACACACUGUUGAAUUUGUUUUAAUAUCAAGCUGCUGUUAUUUUUAACAUUUCUUUAAUAAGUACCCUGUUUCAUUCCAAUAAUGUUACAUUAUUUUUAUUCAUAUUUGCAACUCAGGUCUCAACAGCUGUCAGACUUUGUGACGGUGCGAUUGUAGUGGUGGAUGUGGUUGAGGGAGUCUGUCCACAGGUUUGAACAUGUUCUUUGUAAAAUCCUUCGUACUAUCUAGUAUUCAUAUCCCAACCAGUUAGCAUGUUACUGGUGGCUGAGAGGAUUUAGUUUUAGUUGUAUGAUAACGAUGAUGAUAAUAACAAUAAUAUUAUCAUCCAAUCAAGUACACGGUUUUUCUGAGGGAAACAGUUAAGUCUUCCUAGUCUUCCUGUCCAUCUUUCUUAAUUUCUCCAUCUAUUUUAUAAUCCCUCCUCCAUAAAGGAUAAUUGAGACCACUCUUGGGUUGCUGUUGUUGUUGUUAUUAUUAUUACAUUGUAGUAUUAUUUAUUGUUAUUAUUUUUAUCUCCAUCAUCAUUAUUAUUAUUAUUAUUGUUAUUAGUUUUAUUAUUAUUAGGUGUGCAUAAUUAUAGCUUACUCGGUAGUGAGAUCGAUGUAGGAGACAAUAUUAAGAAAUAGUUGAGUACCAAAUAUUUUCAAUGCUUCUUUAUAGACUCAUGUGGUGCUGCGUCAAGCUUGGCUGGAGAAUAUUCGACCAUGUUUGGUGCUGAACAAGAUUGACAGGUUGAUAACAGAGCUAAAGUACUCUCCGGCUGAGGCUCAUUUUCACUUGCAGCAAAUUUUGGAAAAGGUAAAAACCUUUUUCGAUUCAUAGUACAGCAUCAUUACAAUCCAAAAAGCCAAUUUUUAUGAUCUGAACGUAGUUAAUGUAAGACUUAAUAAAAUUAAUGUUCUAAGCCACACCCAUAUAAUUUGCAUUGUGGACUGGGUUGAGUUGUGUUCAUCAGGGGGGACAGUGCAGUGUGACACAGAAGAGGGAGUCUUCAGAACAGGUCAGCAAGUAACUUACCCCUGUUACAACAUGCACAGUUUUUCCCAGUCCCUUAGGACUCUUCACUAUACAAUGGAACCUUGAUUUGACAAACUUCUAUAUAGCAAAGUCCUUGGUACAUGUAUAACGAAUGAUUUUCUUCAGUGCGGCCAAAAUUACAGUAACUUAAGAUGUAUGGAACAGAACCUUGAUUUUACGAAAUCGUCGUUGUAAGGAACUUAAUCCAGAAGCACAAUCAUAAAAUAUACCUUGAUAUAGGGGUUAAAUGUCAACAUGUGAUAAAAGAUGAAUGCCAAACAGGACAACAAGGAUAAAAUUUAAGCGUACGGUAGUUUUAAGCAGUUUUGUUGGCCUGUUCUUGAGUUUCUGAUGCCGUAGCUAUAUAAAUGUAGCUCGGGACUGAGACAUCUGGAUUCCCAGAUCCUGGAAUACCUCGAUAUAACAAACAUUUUGGUUGUUUUUUGAAUAUUUGUUAUAUUGAAGUGUUCGACAUAAUGAACCCUCAAAGUAACGAACAAAUUUCCCCAGUCCCUUGGCACUUCCUGAAAUUGAGGUUCCACUGUGUUGGGGUUCCACUGUUUAUAGCGCUGCAUUUUGAGUUAAGGGUACCAGAAAUGCAAAAUGUAAUUCAAGAGUAACAAACUUACUCUGUUAUAGGUAAAUGCCAUAACCGCUGCUCUCUUCACCACUGAAGUUUUAGAAAAGAGAUCUGCAAAAGCUGCUCCUGAAAAAGAUACAUUAAUUGGAAAAGCAAUAAAAGAUGACACUGCGGUGUCUAUUGAUGAAUGGAGCUCAGGGCUUGAGGAGACAGAUGAUUCAACUCUUUACUUCUCACCAGACUUGGGAAAUGUUGUGUUCAGCAGCGCCAUUGAUGGUUGGGGGUUCAGGUGAGGCAAGGCAGAUAAGCUAUAUUCCAUUGCUCUUAAUUUGACAAGGCUUUGGAAAAAAAGAAAAAAAAAUACAAAUAUGUAAGUUUAUGUAUUUAGCAGGUGCAGUGCACAGCCCUCACCCAUGAGUGGACAAAAAAUAAAAAAUUAAUAAAAAAAUAAAAACAGGUAUUUUCUAGUUCAUUGUUGAAUUCCAGCCAGGAUUAAACAAUGAUAUGGUCAAAUACAGUUUCUUCUAUUAAAUCAUUGAUGUUUGUCAGAUCAAGGUAGAAAGAAAAUUUCAGUUGCCAUUGGGUUUAAAAGAUCAAAGUGACGUUCUGACAAGGUCCUCUCUAAUUUUUGUUAUUUUUGAAAUUGUGUACAGUACUGUAUCUUUAGUUAAUAAUGUGUAAGAUGUCCCCUAAUUUUAAUUAAUUUGAUCUGUAUUCCUUCUCAGCAUUAGUGACUUUGCUAAAAUAUAUGGCAGCAAGCUUGGCAUUAAUGAAAGCAUUCUCAAAAAGACUUUAUGGGGAGAUUUUUACCUUCACACCAAAUCAAAGCGCAUCUUUAAAGGAGCACAGGCCAAAGCUAAGAAGCCACUAUUUGUGCAGUUUGUGUUGGAGAACCUGUGGGCUGUGUAUGAUGCUGUACUGAGGCGGUUAGUUGUUUCUUUGCUUGGAACUAAGCAAAGUCUCUUUCUUACAUGUAACCCUGUUGCUCUAAGAGUAAUUCAGUUGCCUACCCUCCCCUCUCCUUACUAAACAUUUUGUUUUACUGUAACUUGCAGAAAGUUAGUGUUAAAUUUGGGUUAGGGGAGGGGUAGGUGAGUAGUUUCCCAGAAUCUUACACUGAUCCACUGAGUUGAGGUGACAUGAUCUGUCAUUUUAGCUUUUAUAUCCAAUAAAGAAAUACUAUGGUGACACCUCUUUGGCAGAAUGUUUGCACAGUCUAUUUAACCCUUUAAGUCCCAAGAACAACCAACAUCAAUUUUCUCCCAACAAAAUCAAUACAUAAUUAAAAGAAAAGUUUAUAAGAAUAAAUAAAAUAAUCACCUAAGGGAAAAAACUUUGAUCUUUGAACAAAUUCUCCCAACUAAUUCAGUAAGGAAAUCUAUGGAGAUUAGUUUGGAGAAUUUGUAUCUGGAUAUUGUGGGGUUAGAUCUUAGGAUUUGACAAAAGGAUUUGUUUUGAAAUUUUUACUUUGGUCAUUAUCAAGAAUGUCUUUUAGGAGUGACAUUUAACUUAUCAUUUUUUUUACUCUAAUUUUUUUGUUUUGUUUCGGUCAAUGCCCAAUAAUUUUUUGCCUGCCUUCACAUGAACUUCCCCUUUGAAUUCUAUUUUUGUAGUACUAUUUUAGACCGUACAUGUUUGUAUUAUCUAUAGUUUCAUCUGAUGUCUAGAAGAAGACACAUUAGAAGUGGCUUGAAAAGAAAACUAGUUAGUGUUUCAGCUGGGUUCUUAAGUCUUUUUUAAGUUUUUUUUUUAUUUGGGUGUUAGAUCAAUCGCUCUUUCCACUAGUAUUUCUUUAAAUGACCAUUUAUUUUGAAUUCAAAGAAAAAUUUCCUGACAUUUUCAGCGUGCAAAGAAAGUUGUGUCCGAUAGUCAGGGCAAGUGGAUUUUGCUAUUGGGCUAGUGAUUUUUGUUCUUAACUUCCCCGACGGGCAAGUGCUGUUUUUUGAGGAAAUUCAAAUUACGGAAGGAUUGUAAUCAAUCCUACUAAUCAAAAAUGGUUUUGGGGCUAGUUGAAUUGACUUGUGGGCUAGUACAUGCUUGCUACAGCUUGCCCAAAUGGCAGGCUGUAGAACUGACUUUCUUUGCACCUUGCAUUUUAGGUGAUUAAGAUCGUACUCCUAAACAUGCUUCAUGAUGCUAAUUUUCCUUGUCUUAUCUUCAUGUAUCAUUGAUAACUUCAAAAAACCUUCUAAUUUGCUGUUUUAGAGACAAAAUCAAAACUGAGCAGAUAGUGAAGUCACUGAACCUGAAGAUCUCAGCGAGGGACAGCCGACACAAUGACAGUCGUGUGCACCUCAAGGCCCUGUUUGAUCAGUGGCUACCUCUCUCUAGCUCCCUACUGUCUAUGGUAAUAGACAAACUUCCAAGUCCAGUUGAAAUACUCAGUGAAAGAGUGGAGAAGUUGAUGUGUAGUGGUGUUAGAACAUUUGAUUCGUUACCUGAUGAGACACAGAGUUUGAAAGAUGGUGAGCUUAGGAGGCUGUUUAGUUUGAGCUUGUCAGCCGUGGCCCCUAAUUUAUUCUGUAUUUUUUUUUAGCUGAUCUAUCUCCCACCUUUUUGUGUCAGGCAUGCAUGUAAAGCUCCUUUCAGGGAAUGUCUAAGCAUUCAAAGAGCUUCAUGUACAUUUUAGCAAUCGGGUAACAAAGAAAAAGAAUAUAAAAAAUGCAUUUUUGUGAGUUGCCCAGGUGCAAGGCAGGAUUGUAGCUAAUUUGUGAGAGGGCCACAAGCUUAAUAGUUUUUAUAUCUUCAGUGCUACCCUCUUAAGAUUAAAUGCAGGCGCGGAUCCACACCGGUUUCCACCGUUUUACAGAAAUCGGUCACAUUUUUCAUACUAAAUAUAUUUUUAAUAAUAAAAAACACUUUCCAAGUUGAAAUCCUGUCUGAAUGACUCGGAAACCCUGGAAAGGGGAUUUUAAGACGUCAAAAUCCACUGAAACGUCCUGAGGGAACCCGCCCCCGGAACCGGCAAGAAGCUUGCGCCUUCGGCGUUAGUUUAGGAAAUCGGUCAGUAUUUAUCCUAGAUCCGCGCCUGAAAUGUAUUAUUAGUUUGCAAGUCUGCAGCUAGCACAUGCAAGGCUAUGGUUUGCCAAGAGCCAGACCAAUAUUCUGAUGGUCUGGUAUUAAAGAAGGGACUGCCGUUUCUCUGCAAAAGGCUAGACCUUUGCCCUCCUUUGAUGGACAUGUAGAAAUGGCAGUCCCAACUCCAACAGGGGGCAAAGACUGGUCCUUCGAUUGGUACUUUGAUUCGUGCUAAACACGUUGACACUUUUGUAAAGCAGGCCUUUUUUACUCGUGUGCCACGGUAUCAUCAUCUGCCACUUAUCAAAACUUUCUCUUUUAUGCUUAUUUUAACUUUAUGUAUAUCUAUUUAUUAUUUUCUUGUUAGAUUUCCUAGCUUGCUCCUCUUCUGGUGAUGCGCCAGUAAUCGUGUUUAUUUCCAAAAUGUUUGCUGUCGAGGAUAGUGCCCUGCCAAAACAUCGUAAGAGGUAAAGAAAGACACAUCUAGUACACUAGUUUACUUGGGCCAGCUUUAAGUUUAUUACUCCUUGAACUUAUCUAACCAACAAUAGUUUUCGCAUCACCAAGAAACAUACACCCCCUUGCUCCGAGAGGUUUUUCUUUAAGUAUUCCGGUUUACCUCUAAAAACACCAGGAAUUCCAAAUUCCAUUCUUAUGUGGAAUGCACGAGCAUUUUCAGAUGAGUUCUUCAGGGCUCCCAAGUGUUUUAUGGGUGAAUAAAAUAAUUACGGUACCGCUCAAAAGUAAGUUGAUUGUCACUCGAUUCUCGAUUCUCGACGCUCUAAAUUGAAUUGAGCCUCAAGUCUUGGGAAUCAAGUCUCGAGCUUGAAAUUUCGAGUUUCGAGUUUCGAGUCGAGAUAUAUAAUGAACUUCUCGCGAGAGCACAUUCUUUACAUUUUUGUGGUUACACACAAGGCCUGGUUUGUAUAUAAUCCCCGCGCUACGAUCGCUAGGAUCGGGGAAAAAAGUUCAGCGAUCACAAAAUUUAGUAACUCGCCACUCACCGUCUAGUAUAUUCCAGUGAUCUCCAACAUUACAUGUACGCCUGAAUCCUGUCAAACUCUUCAUCAAACCCGCCAUAAGUAGGAAUUAUGGGUAGACGUUAUACAAUUUUUUUUAAAAUUUUUUUUUAAUCGAACAUAUUUUAUUGAUAACAAUCCUAACUAUUAAAAUCCUAUUUACAAUUAAUUCACUUAAAAAAAAACUAUUUCGUCAAAACACUAUUUACAAUUCCUUCCGUUAAAAAAACCCCUUAGUUUUGAUAAGAAAAAAAUUCAUUUCAUUAAACAAAAAUUAUUCAAAUUAAGAACAUUUCAUUAUAAUAAUAAUAAUAAUAAUAAUAAUAAUAAUAAUAAUAUUAUUAUUAUUAUUAUUAUUAUUAUUAUUAUUAUUAUUAUUAUUAUUAUUAUUAUUAUUAUUAUUAUUAUUAUUAUUAUUAUUAUUAACGUUUAUACAUUUGGAAACCACGCUUGUCGGUCGACAAUUAAGAAGUUUCCUUUCUUGGAGUUAAUAUGUUCUAUUCCGUCGGUAUAGUUAAACCUGCAUCAUUGUUGUCCAUUUACUCAAUUACUUUUUUCGGAAGGCCUUUGACCCAAGAAGAGAUCGCUGCUCGGCGCGAACAAGCGCGACAACGACACGCGGAGAUGCUGGCGAACAAUCCCGCCUUGGAAAAUGGGACUCCUCUCAUCGUCGAGUCAACACGUGAAGAAAGUAAAGAAGAUGAAAACAAUGAUUUGCGGGCAAAACAAAAAGCAAACAAACAGGUCUCCAAAAGUCAUAUGCUAGCAUUUGCCCGAGUCUACAGUGGGACCAUUAAAAAGGGGCAGCACUUGUACGUGUUGGGCCCUAAACACGACCCGCGAGAGACAUCGGGCGUGGAAUUGGGGUGUUUAAAAGGACAGGAGCAAAGGUAGUGUCUUUUCGUACUUAGUUUUCUUUGUCGUUUUAGUAGCAGUUACCUCUUGGGUUGUUAAAAAUUCCUCAGAAUCGCUUAACACUAGCUGCAUAAAUUUUCGUGGAUUAACAUAUUUUUCCUGUGUUCAGUGAGACAAGGAAACUCAAACGGAUUUAAAAAUUGUUCGACUCGAUACGUUUCAAACUCUGCUUUAAAUCCUGUGGGUAAUCUUUUUUCUUUAAUUCCCUGUUCAUUGCCUUUGUAGUUCUCAAACUUAUUUUUCCUUACAAGUUAAUGCAAACGUUUCGUCAUAACGUCUAGAGGUUUUAGAGCCGUGUUCAACCAGUGAAAGAAGAAUAAGUUUGGAUAGAAGCAAAGCAUUAACGUCAAGACACAUCGCUCAAAAAUUGAACUUAGGCACUGAAUGGGAAGUAAUUGUUGUUUUGUCCCUUUUUUUUCCUUGAAACAGUGACAGUGAAGAGUCAAGCGAGGGACUUUCCAUAGCUAAUUCAGUUGACAGAGGCACAAACCAGCACGUGCAAUCCUUCACUGUACAAGAUCUCUACCUUUUGAUGGGCCGCGAACUCGAGACGCUGGAGUCCGUGCCGGCCGGGAAUGUCCUGGGGAUAGGUGGUCUUGAAGGUCACGUGCUCAAGUCGGCUACAAUCUCCAGCACAGUCACGUGUCCUCCUUUUACUGCACUUCCGAUUGAGGCUCGUCCUAUUGUGCGUGUAGCAGUAGAACCAGUUCACCCGGCCGACAUACCAGCGUUAGCCAGGGGAAUGAGGCUGCUUAAUCAGGCUGAUCCUUGUGUAGAGACUUUCGUACAAGAAACAGGUAAGCUUUUGUCAGUCCACAAAUGACCUGCUCGUCACUAGAGUUCUCAGUAGCCCUGUGGUUAGAGCAUCCGAACUAGUGUCUGUCGUAGGUUCAAUUCCCGACUGGAACCCAGUAAUUUUUUCUGAGUUCUUCUCUUUACGCAUCAUUCUACUUAUCAUUUUGUGUGGUAACCAGAUUUAAUUAGUAUGUAAAAGAUAAUUCGUUCUUUUGAGUCUGUGGAUAGAAUUUUUUACUUUGCCUAUUUAUUCAUAUCAUUGCUACGACUUAAUUAUCAGUGCCUUUCUGUGGUUAAUUAGAUAAAAAGCGAUAAAUACUCUAAGCCUUCCUGUGGUGCUGUUUAUAACACUAUUCAGACGCCGCUAAAUAUUCGUAAGCAUCAUAUUAGACCAUGUUAAAAUGCAAGGGUGUCAGCUCGCAACUAGGCUGCGCCAGGCCCUCAGAUAUUCGGGACUUUGCAAAAAUGUGGGGAAGGCAAGCGAAAAAUAAGGCGGGCGCGAUAUCUUGGAGCCUGACUAGCUCGUAACGGUCAGCUGAUGAGAAAGUCUCCCCUCCACCCAACCCUACCUAUUUUGCUGACUUAUCUGCAACCCGUGCCCAUUGCUCAUUUGCCUUUUCUUUGACAGGGGGCGCUACCCAUAUCUUAAUUUUAGUAAGGCACCAGGGGAGAUACUGAAUUGUACAAGUUGGUUCUUCUAGCGUUUCAGUUUAUAGAUAAAAUCCUCAAGUGUUAUCGUGAGAAAAUUGUGGCUUCCUCUCUUAACAUCUCGAAUUUGUUUUUUCAGGAGAGCACGUGAUCGUAGGAGCGGGUGAGGUCCAUUUACAGCGAUGCAUAGACGAUCUCAAGCAGCGAUUUGCUUGCAUCGAGCUCAACGUAUCCUCUCCUAUUGUUCCAUUCAGAGAAACAAUCGUCCCACCUCCGACAGUAGACAGGGUCAACGAAGCCAUAGUGAACGAAACAAUUGUAGCGCAAAGCAGACAAACGGACCCGGAGGAGACAGGAGAGGAGAGUAAAGAUAUUCUAAACAAAGAGAACGGUCUUUUAGAAAGCCGGACAGCCAAUAAGCUUUGCUCUUUACACAUCCGGGCUACACCCCUCCCGGAGGAGGUGGUUCGGUUGCUUGAUAAGAAAAGCGAGUUGAUAAAAGUACUGGUGACAGUUUCCUCUGCGUCGAGUGCUGCGGAACGGAAGCAGUUGGCCUCUCAAGUGAGCGUUUCCACCAUGGAAGCGUUAAAAAGUUUUUAUCAAGAUUUAUGCAACGCUUUUAAAGAAGCAGGAAGUCUGUGGGACGGAGCCGCAGACGAUAUCUGGGCAUUUGGUCCACGUAGGAUUGGUAGCAAUGUGCUACUGAAUAGGAUCCCUGGUUAUAGACGACCGUCACUGUGGCAUAAUGUUGGUCUGUCAGGUACAUGUAUCUUUAUACUUCAGUUAGUUUUGUACGACUUGACAUCAAUUCAUUAAUUCUUUUUUGGUUUACGUACAAAAUAAAUUACUCCGCGUUAUAACUAGACACAAGAAUUAUCUUGUGUGAGACCCUAGUAUCGUAAGAAAUGGUGAUCCCCAUUUUUGUCUUAAGAAUGAUUGAAAAUUUAUCUUCUAAUUUUCCCCUCUGUACAAAGGAAAACCAGAAAGAAAACCCGCAAUAAACAACCCCAACUUGACAUAAACACAGUUUUUGUGCAAGGUGAAAAAGCUAAUAACUAAAGUGGAGCUUUUUCAAAAAUUCACCCUAACCCUAAACCUCCGUCUUCCCCCCUGGACUCAAACAAAAAGCUGGUUUUGACGAGCGACGCAAACGCAAAUACAAGAGAGCAUGUGUGUGUAGUUACCUCAACGCAAACGCAAACUGGUGUAUGCCUUUGUGUCCAUUUACACUUGUGAAUUGGGACAAUGCAAAAGUAAGCGCAAACUCAAGGUGUAAAAAUUUCGUCCACCAUGUUUAGCCUACGUGUUGCCGCACCCUCCCCCUGAGAAAGGAAAGGGGAGGAGGGUGCGGCUACACUUAGGCUAGCCAUGUUGGGAUUCAGGGUGCUCAAAUGCGCUUGCGUAUCUCGCUGUGGAAGAAUUCCUUGCUUUUGUGUUUGCAUCGCUUGAGUGACCCUAAGAGUUUAUUUAUUUUUUCCUUUAGGAAAUGGGUGUCAGUUACCAUCAGAGGUUAGUUAUCGGGAUUAUGAUAACAGUAUAGUUAGCGGUUUUCAGUUGGCUACACUCGCUGGACCUCUCUGCGAAGAACCAUUGAUGGGCGUUUGCUUCGUUAUUGAGAACUGGAUCUCACUGGAGCAAGACGGUCUGACAAGUAUGACUGGUAAAACAGGCUCAACCGGUUGUGCAGGAGUAAUUGGAUCAGCGGGGCAGGAAGGUUUAUGUCCUGAGAAGGGCAGUAUUGAUGAAGCUAACUUAGAAAUAAGUGAAAACGUCAAAAACAUGGACAAAAGUUGCGAAGGGAGAGAUAAACAUGAAGAAAAGAACAGCUUUCUUAGUGAGGAUGCUUCAACAAAACCAGGUUAUGAAGAUAGUAGUGAAUAUAAUCCUCUGCGCCAAAAGAUGGAUAGAUUCGGACCAUUCUCAGGGCAGCUAAUGUCAGCUGUCAAGGAGGGUUGUAGGCGGGCGUUUCUGCUACAGCCAGUUCGCCUUAUGGCAGCCAUGUACACUUGUGACAUUCAAGCUACGGCGGAAGUCCUGGGCAGAAUGUACGCGGUUGUUGCUAAACGAGAGGGACGGGUACUGAAGGAGGAAAUGAAAGAAGGUUCUGACGUGUUUGAUGUCACAGCCGUACUUCCAGUGGCAGAGAGUUUUGGAUUCGCUGAAGAAAUAAGAAAGCGAACCAGUGGACUGGCAAAUCCACAGUUGGUGUUCAGCCACUGGGAGGUGAGUAGUUACGACAACAUUAAACUUUUCACCAUAGCAACUAGAAGAACUGAUUUGUUUAAGUCAGCUUAAGUCAAAAUAACAAUUUACAGAAAAAAAGGGGGCACAUGCAUCUACUGUUUUGGAAGAGAAUUUACCACGUGCAAGUUCGAAAUUACGAUAGGUGUUGUUCCUUGGUGUCACCAAAGAUUUUUCGUAUUCUGAGUAGCGUCCAGCUAAGAUAUAGAAGAGGUUAAAAACAAUGGAAAGUUAGAAAACCGUCAUCUCAAAAAGUGGUCGCAGUCGUUUACGAGAGGGGUCGUUCACGAGGGGCUUCAACCAUAGAGCAAUGACUGAAAAACAUUUUGUUGUCAUGGAUAGGUGUUGCAUGGUUAUGGUAGGUUUUCGCUCACGAGAGAUGGCCGCACAAGGACUUUCGACAGUACUAACAUGUAUUUAAUUCCCUGUAGGUUGUGGAUAUUGACCCCUAUUGGGUGCCAACCACGGAGGAGGAGUACACGCAUUUUGGCGAAAAAGCGGACUCGGAAAACCAGGCGCGAAAAUACAUGAACAGUGUACGAAGAAGAAAGGGUUUGUAUGUGGAGGAGAAGACUGUCGAGCACGCAGAGAAGCAGCGGACGUUAAAGAAGUAAUGACAUCAGACGGAAAAAUUUCGAGAAGUAAGAGUCGGUGAAUGCUGGUAACUUAAAUGUCUUAAAGUGCUACUACGAUCAAAACUUUAUGUUAAGUUUGACACAAGAACGCUUUCUUUUCACCUUAUCAGAAGUGGCUGUACCUAUCUCAGUCAUUGAAAUGAAUUUUGGGUGCCCCUAAGUGAAAAUAUUGAACUUGAAAAUGGAGUUGCGGUCAUAUCAAACAAACCUAUUGUUCUCUAAGGCGACUUCAUUUUCUUAACACACCUUUUAACAGUGGAUCUCCCUAGCAAGAAUCCCUUCACCCUUAAACUCCGAACUGAGACCAUCGUUGAAUUUCUCCCUACAGUAACACUACUCAAUCAAACCUAAAGUCGGGAGAAAACAGGAAAUGAUCAAGAAGUCAACAAGGUCUUUGUUGUUAAACAAAUUCUCCUGAUGAGUACCAAAGAAAAUGUAUGGAGAACAGUAGGAGAAUUUUCAUUGAUAUGCUGCACCUCUAUGGCACACGCGGGGAAUAAUAAGAUAUGGGCGAAAAUAAUUUCCGCGUAUGCGAAGAAGUGCAGCAUAACCGGGUUUUCGUCGCUGAGGGGAGGAGGGGGGGCAAAAACGCAAGUAUAUAUGCCCUCUCGGGGCAUGAACGCAUAGAAAAGCGAUCUGAAAAGUGAUCCUGAUGUUGGCAAAACAUUUAAAUACCACGCUCAAUACCCAGGGGUAAUGCAAAGGUCCAACGUGCUAAAUUAUGGGGCCCGCGUGCCCAUUUCGGAGCAAACAUAUCAAUGAAAAUAGUUUGGAGAAUUUCCCUGUUGAUAUUGGGAUUAAAGGGUUAGAU